CAUUCACAGUAAUCCAUCAAUCUCAAUCUCAAGCAACAAAAUACCACCACUCAAUAAUUACUUGUUCUACUCAAACACCAUCAUCAUCAAACGUAAUCUUCAUUUCUCAUUAUCAAUCAAAUAUCUUGAUUUCUCAUUAUCAAUCAAGAUUUCUCAUUAUCAAUCAAAUUAAAAAUGAAAGGUUCGAUUUUUUCCAAGAGGUCUUCUCCGUCGCACCAUUCCUCUGCCUCCGACUCUCCGUCAUCCACGCCGUCGUCUCGCGCCAGCCACCAAACCUUCUCCGAGACGAUGAUGGAGGAGAAUCUCGACCUCGCCGAGGUUAUUAUCAUGGCAUGCAGCAUCGACUCCCACAGGCACGAGGAAUUCUCAUCGCUCUUCGUCGAUGAUAGAAGAGAAGCGAGAAGAUUUCUCGAUGCUGUGAGCGGCCUGCAGCAGGCGAUGCACUACUACGUCAAGCUGAGUUCGAGCUCGGACAAACUCGUCCGAGCUCAGAACUUGAUGCAGAUUGCCAUCAAGAGGUUAGAGAAGGAGUUCUACGUCAUUUUAUCUGCAAACAGAAAAAAUCUCGACUCCGAAUCGGUUUCAAGCCGCUCGUCUAGGGCUUCAGCCCGAUCCAGCGUCUCGGACUACUACCAUGAAGAUGAAAUUUCCGAUGAAGGAGAGGAGAGCACAAGCACGACGCCGCCCCGCACUCCGCCUCGCGGCGAGAAUACGGAGGCGGAUCUUGCGAUGGCGGAUUUGAGGAAUAUUGCUGACUGUAUGAUUGCGUCUGGUUAUGCGAGAGAAUGCAUCACAAUAUACAAACUCAUCAGAAAAUCGAUAAUUGAUGAGGCUUUGUAUUAUCUAGGAGUUGAGAAAUUGAGCCAACACCAGAUGCAGAAAAUGGAUUGGAACGUUCUGGAGCAGAAAAUUAAAGUCUGGCUGCACGCCGUGAAAAUUGCCGUGAAAACCUUAUUUUGCGGCGAAAGGAUCCUCUGCGACAUCGUCUUCUCCUCGUCGGAGAAGAUCGCGGAGUCGUGCUUCACCGAGAUCUCCAAGGAUGCGGCGUUGAGGCUGUUCAGUUUUCCAGAGGUGUUCGGGAGAAGCAAGAAGAUCCUGUCGCCGGAGAAGAUGUUCCGCGCUCUCGACCUAUUCGAAGCGAUUUCCGAUCUGUGGCCAGAGAUCGAGUCGAUCUUCUCUCACGAAUCGGUGGCGGCUGUGAGGAUUGAGGCGGAGGCGGCGUUGAUAAAGCUUGGUGAAGGGGUGAGGAUUAUACUGACACAAUUCGAGGCGGCGAUUCAGAAAGACUCGUCGAAGACGCCGGCCGGCGGCGGCGUCCACCCCCUCACGCGCUACGUGAUGAACUACCUUGUCUUCCUCGCCGACUACAGCGGCGCUGUCUCCGUGAUCAUGGCGGACUGGUCGGUGGCGGCGGAGACGCCUCUGCCGCAGGCCUACUUCUCGAGCCCCACCUCCGCCUUGGCAGACGACCCAUGCGUGGCAGCGAUCACCACCAGAUUAGCGUGGCUGAUUCUCGUGCUCCUCUGCAAGCUCGACGGCAAGGCGGUGAUGUACAACGACGUCGCAUUGUCCUACUUGUUCCUGGCCAACAAUCUAAACUACGUCGUUUCCAAGGUCCGAAACUCCAAACUGGGGCUCCUGAUGGGACCCGAAUGGAUAUCCGAAAACCGAUUGAAAGUAAGCAAAUAUCUUGGAAAUUACGAGCGGAUGGGAUGGAGCAAAGUGAUCUCUUCACUACCCGAGGAUCCGAUGGCCGAGAUUUCUCCCGAGCAAGUGACGGAUCGUUUCGAACGGUUCAAUGCAGCUUUCGAGGAGGCGUACAAGAAGCAGACUUCGUGGGUCAUACCCGACCCGAAACUGCGAGACAAUGUGAAGAUCUCUCUAGCCAAACGAGUCGUGCCGGCUUACCGGAUCUUUUAUAAUAAGCAUAGAGACAACUACGCGAGGAGAUUCAGAUUCGGAGUGGAGACAAUUGUCAAAUAUGCCCCUGAAGAUCUGAACAAUUACUUGUCCGACUUGUUUUUCGCUGCAUCGGCGGGGGGUGCAUCCACUACGACGACCACGUAUGAUAACGAUACGUCGAUGUCGUCGUCCUGCGGCCGUUGAUGCCAAUAAUCAACGGUCGGCACCCAUGUAUAGUUUCAUACCUGAAUAUUGUGAUUAUUACUAUUAUACAUUAUACAUCUAGUUUUUUUUGUGGAUAGGAUACCAACGGCAAUUUCUAGAUGAAAAAGUGACUCAUUGAGAAGGACUUUUUAUUA